UGGAUCUAUAGCGUCCAUGAGCUAAGCUGUCUGUCGACGGUCGGCUGCUGAGAACGCUCGAAUCCUCGAAGCCGCACACGAGCUGCAAUCGGAAAGCAAAAAAAAUGUUUUUGCCUCGUAUAUGUCUAACUUAGUUUGGUUCGACAUUCCCAGGUUGUAUUUUGGGCGAAGAGGUGUCACUUUAUUCGCGUGCUUCGUCGCGCAGCUGCUGCUCGCGGCGAGCUAGUUAGCUUCUUUGCUACAUUGUACCCGGGACGGAAAAAUACAGGAAGGAAGCAGAGCUCGAACGAAGCGCGGCCUACAAAGGUUGCUGUCGACGCACAUACGGCUCAAAUUAUUCUCAAAACCCGCACAGGGAUUUUUAAUCUGGAAUAAGGGCUAAAAUGGCUCCCUACUCACCUUCCCGUUCCAACUCCAGAUCAAAGUCCAGGUCUAGAUCUGUAUCUAGAUCUCAAUCUAGAAGCCGCUCCCGCUCAAGAUCUAGAAAACGUCGCUACAGCUCAAGGUCCCGUUCCCGCUCCCGUUCCCGCACUCCUAUGUCCUACCGAAAUUAUCCCUCCCGGGACUACCAGAACAACAGGGGCUACAACCGGGGCUACAACCGGGGCUAUCGAAGGCCGUUCCACUUUCGUGGAAGAAAUCGAGGCUACUACCCUCGCGGUCACUAUCAGAACAGGGGAGGCGGCGGCUAUGGCUACAAGUCUAACUGGCAAGGUGGUGGUGGCGGAGGCUGGCACGACCGCAAACGUGACCAGGACAACCGCUCCCACAGCCCCCGGAGAGGACGUUCACGCUCCCAAACGCCAAGCAAGCGUUCCGCCAGUCGCUCGCACUCCCAUCACUCUGACCGCUCGUCGUCCGAGCAAUCGCAACGUUCUAGGGCCUCCAGCUCCUCCAGGUCGCGCUCCUCCACCCCGUGCCCCCGCAACAAGGGCAAACCCAGCUCAAAGAUUACUGAGAAGAAGCAAGAUGAGGGCCAACCGGAGAAGCAGCCAGGAGAAGGCAACGUUAUCGAGAAGGCAUCAGGAGGUAAAUGGAUCGACUAUGACACAAGCCGAGUCAGCUCAGAGACGGCUCAGAAGGAAGAAGGUGCGGCUGCUGACAGUCCCCCCAAGUCGGGACAAACGGCCUCCUUCGGCGGCUUCGGCUUCUUCUCCAAGGAUGAUGCGAAAUCUGGAGAAAAGACGGUGAUCUCUGCUGCCUUCAAAAAGUUUUUGGCUGAAAACAAAAGCAAAAAGCAGGCAGGUGAGAAGGAAGAUGGUAACGAUAGCGAGAAGAGUAGUGUUGAGAGAGAGCAAGAGAAGGGCAUCAAGUCUGGAGACAUCUUCAGCAUCUCUGUUCCUUUUGGUGACUCCAAGGAGGACAAGACCAUGCCGUUCUUUGAUGAAGAGGAGGAGGAGUUCCUCAAGUCUCAUGGCUUGAAAGAAAGGGACACAGAGGAAGGCAGUGCGGGCAAAUCCAAGCCUACAACUCGCGAUAUAUUCGGGAAGUGGGGGGACGAGCCAACCUAUUCCACCUCGUACCCGUCAUUGAAGGAGAAAAGCCGCAUAGAUGAGGAUACCAAGACGUUGGAUAAAAUGGUAGAGGAGAUGUAUCAGAGCCGCAAGCACAGCAAGAAAGAGGAGAAGGCCAAGAAGAAGGAGAAGAAGGAGAAGGAGAAAGAGAAAAGCAAAAGAAGUCCGUCCCCUGCUGUGACUUCCAAAGGCAAGGACAGGCCACUCUUCCCUGGGGCCUUCCCUACUCGUGACGAUUCCCCCGUACGUCUGGCUUCGUCCAGAGAGGACUUCGAACUGAAAGUUGCUUCUUUGGAAGAAAUGCCAAGCUCCUCUACGGCUAAGAAUCGCUUCAUGUCCAGAGAUCUGUUGAAUCCCUCUAAGAAAGAUCCAGAGUUUCGGUCAAUCUUCCAGAAUAUUCAGUCCGCUCAUCUUUGCAGCAGCCCCUCUGAGCUUUUUGCUCAGCACAUAGUGUCCAUUGUGCAUUACAUCAAAGCUCAGCACUUCCCCUCCUCAGACAUGACUUUAAGUGAGCGCUUCGCCAUGUACCAAAGAAAAGCUGCAGAGGUAGAAAUUAAGCCAAGGAAGAGCCCAGAAAUCCACAGGAGAAUUGAUGUUUCCCCCAGUGCCUUUAAGAGGCACUCUCACCUGUUUGAGGAUAUGGACGAGGCGAGCUUCAAGGAUUCAGGCAAAAAGUUCAAAGGGGACACGAUGGACCUUCGCCUGGACAUUGAAAGGCGUAAGAGGUUUGCCGGGAAGGACUACAGGCGCGAGGCGGGCAGGAGUCCCGGAGGCUCCCGAGAGAGGUCCUCUGAGAAAUCUGGAAAGCACCACAAGAAAUCCAAGAAAGGGAAGAAAAAGCGUGAUCGCUCACCGUCCUCCUCCUCGUCGUCAUCUUCUCCGUCCCCUUUCCCCACUGCGCCACCAUCUUUCAGAGGCAAGGAGUACAUGGGAGAUGGGCCGGACCAUUUUGAGGAGGGCUUCGCUCACCAGCGCUACCCUCCUCGGGACUACGGUGGCCACGGGGACCGAGGGCACCCACGGGAUUUUGAGGGCCAGCACAUGGAAAGAGGCAGAGGCCGUGGAUUUUUCCCCAGGAUGAGAGGGCGAGGAUGGAAUAGGGGCAAUUAUCCAGGCAACAACAACAACAACAACAGCAGCAGCAAUGGCAACCCUGCCAACAUGAACCCUCAAGGGCGCCCCCCAGAGGAGGAAUGGGAUCCUGAGUACACGCCCAAGAGCAGGAAGUAUUACUUGCACGAUGACCGCGACGGUGAGAAAAACUGGGUGGACAACCGCGGGCGGGGCCGGGGGUCCUUCAUGCCCCGCCGGGGACGCUUCGUGUACCGUAAGGGAGGCAGUAGCCCUAAGUGGGCCCACGACAUGUUCCAGAACGCGGAGCAGCCGGAGAUGGGAGAUGACAACAUCGAGGCGGAGCAUAAAGACACCAAGAAUGCUGACGAAGGCCUGAAAACCUAAACACCCCUCGUCAUUGUGUCCAUGUAUUGGCAAAAAAAAAAGAGAGAAAACAUUUCCCCCUCCCUUAUCUAUCCUCUUCUUUCCUAUCAUUUAAUUCUUGUUAUAACCCAAGUGAAGAAAUUGGUCUGUUUUUAUGUCGUUUUCAAUGAAUACAUGGUUGAUUGUUGAGUACUGAGGCGUCAUCAUUCAAUUAAAACCUAAGGAAAGAAAUAAAAAAAUAUUUGUGCCUUAGAUGAUAAAAAAAAUACAGUUCCAUGUAAGUGUUUUUGCAGUUUGAAGCAGAGGGAGACUUAUGCUCAUUUUCUUGUACACUUCCCCCCCGAUGACGUCUUGAUGUUAAAACUGCAUGAAUGCAAUUAAUGCUUCUCCCCACGGGACCAAUCAGUAGUUGCUCAUUGUCGCCAUUUUGGAAACUUUUUUUCAGCCCUUCCCAAAUUAUUAUUUUUUUAAAUAUAUGUAUUGUAGCACCACUUAGUCUGUGAUUAUCGGCAACAUGCGUGUUUUCAUGUAAAAGGUCCACCCCAAAAUAAAACUGCUUUGCUUUAGACAUAAGUAUGUAUACUUACAAUGUAGGUUUACAUGUCUUAGAUAAUUUAGCAAAGGACAUAGCCUUUUAUGUUUUGGAGUUUUGAUUUACAAGCAAAGUUAAAUAAUUACACAGUUGCAAACUCUCUUGUCCGUAAUACUUGGGGAAACAAGUUAAAUGUUUUUUUUUGGGUGGAGGUAUGUUUUUAAGUGUCAGUUUAAAAUUGUCAUGAAAGCAGACAUGAGAACCCCUAAAUUUGACAAAACUAAUUUACCUUUAACAAGAUGUUUUAAGAAUGACUUUAAAAUCUCUUGACUGUCCAUACUGCAUGUAGGCAACAACUGUGGGAAUGUGGUUCUUUUUGUUUUCUGAUUAAUAUGAAGCUAACAACUUUUGUAUUGUUGAAGCGCUAUCAUAUGUCUUUUAAUUUUCAAUAAAUUUCCUUUUCUUCAAUAUUGGAAA